AUGUACUCUUCCUUGAGUCCUACUGGCCGGGAGUGGCUCAUCGCAGCCAUGAUCAGCCAGACCGCGAUCUGGACUUGCGCAUGGAUAUUCAUCAUAGAAGUCUGGCGCGCAGGUGUUCUCGUACUACCUGAUCAUAUCGUUCAUCUGAUCGUAGAGCAUCCGACCGUGCUGACCUUGGUAGUCACGCUGACCUCAACCACCUUAUCGAUCAUUACUUCUUUCAUCUCUGCAUUUGCUAUUAAAGAAGCGCUUUGCGCUGAGCAGCUUGAGCUUCGUAUGGCCAUGGAAACACAGACAUCCCACGCCGUCGGCCCAAACGCAGUCGGCCCUUACGUUGGCCCCCACGCGGUCGGUCCUCAGGCGGUCAGUCCUCUGGCGGUCGGCCCUCAGGCUGUGGGUCCUCAUGCCGUCGGCCUUCAUGUUUGCGGUUUAUCUGAUGUCUACAUAUCUGGAUUCGAGGUCUGCACCAUUCUAAAUGAACUCAACGGAGAUAUGUUUGACGCCGGUUUGUACAGUUGGAGCACUUUUCUCCUUCCCACCCUUGUCCAAUGGCCUGUAGCAAUGUUCGGAACGGAACUAGACUUGGGAUCUAUUGCAUUCGUAAACCUGUUGAAUACGGACCUCAAUGCCCCGGGAGCGUCCACUGCACAAACACAUGCAUUUCAAAACAUCGAUGUCUUGACUCUCCUCAGUGGUAUUGCUGCGGUUAAUAUUCAAGAAGGUGUGCAAACGAAUAGUAUGUUCAGCUUCAACGGAGUUUCAUACAAUCAGUCGACUGGUGGAGUUCUUCCUGCAAUAGAGGAGUACUCUGGAUCAUCAAAACCGCCGGGCUCUGCCAUUGGCCUGGCGUUCUCUGGGGGACGAGUACCGAACUAUACUGUUACACAACAGGGUCUCACAGCAAAUGUUUCAUGCCAGCCAAUCGACCACAGUCAAAAUUCAUUUAGUAUCUACCCAAUAUCGACGGUAGGACCGAAUAUCACGUUCUACGAGUGGCAAGCCGUUGCGAAUUGUUCCGGAAAUACGAAUGGCCAGUACUACUUCACCGUUGGCAACGUGAGCGGUCAGGUGGGGACUACAAUCAAUGGAUUUCUCCCUACUGUUGUAUGUCCCAGUCCAGGCUCAAUGACAUCCGACCAAUAUAAGUUUGAUGUUUUUAUGAAUGGCCAGAACGACUACAGCUUUCUGCCAACGACCGUUUGCGAGGUCGUUCCCUACCUGACCACAGUCGACGUCACUUAUAAUGGAGGCAUCAUAUCUGUCGAUCGGAUCAAUGUAUCAACAAGCAGUCCAGGUCUUCCUUUAUUUCAGUACAUCUCAACUGUGAUGGCUUAUCAAGCGACGACAAACCAAGGCAUGACCACGAAUCCAAUUGGUAACUUUUUGGCCGCAUACGGUGCCGACAAUGUAUCAGUCAUGCACAGCGAACUGGAAGAUUACUGGCGCGGUAUUACGGAGUUCGCCUCUACUCAACUUCGCUCUGGAUACUCUGCUUCGGGAGUUCCGUCGAAUAUGACAAGGUCAACUAGCGGCACGAUGUAUAUCACGACCUACGGCUGGCAAAGCCAAGCCUACACGUAUAUCUUUCUGCUGUUUAUGAUCACCGUGAUCUGGAUCAUCACCGUAUCAGCCGCCUGGUACAGCCUCAUCCAAAGGAAGAGAAGAAAGGCCUCUGAUCCAUCUGACGACGCUUCUGAUCCAUUUUUCAACUUUUCUGAUCCCAUUGAUCUCAUCAUCGCGACAUAUUGCGGAGGACUUGGAUUACAGCUUCCCAAUGGUGAUAAAAAAGGAGUAUUCAUUAGCGAGGACAUCACCGUUCAUUUUCAAGAUGUACAUGACGGAGGGAAGAGAAUCGGCGAGGAACUAGUGGUCACCGUACCACCACCGACUGCGACCCCUUGA